GGCGGUGACCGCCCCGCCUCAGCCGAACAAAGGCUCGGCGCGGUUGUCGGGGCGCGGCGGUCGCCUGGACGUCGCGCGCUGCCGCUGUGCGGGGGCGGCUCCGGCGGGGCGGGCUCUCGCAGCCGCCUCUAUGCGCGGCCCGGGCGGGGGCCAUGAGCGCGGAGCCGCCCCGCGCCUCGCUGCUCCGCGCGCUGUUCCGUAUGGAGCCCGCGGCCGCCCCCGAGGCGCUGGGGGGAGCCGCCGAGAUCGUCAGAGACCGCUUAUACUUCGCUACUUUACGAAACAAACCGAAAAACACCGUCAACACCCACUACUUCUGCACCGAUGAGGAACUGGUUUAUGAAAAUUUCUAUGGAGAUUUUGGACCUUUAAAUUUGGCAAUGUUAUACCGAUACUGCUGUAAGCUAAACAAGAAAUUAAAGUAUUUCAGCCUAUCAAGAAAGAAGAUCGUGUACUAUACCAGUUUUGACCAGCAGAAACGGGCAAAUGCAGCGUUUCUAGUAGGUGCAUAUGCAGUAAUAUACUUGAAGAAAACGCCAGAAGAAGCUUACAGAACACUUCUGUCUGGAUCUAAUCCACCAUAUCUUCCAUUUAGGGAUGCUUCAUUUGGGAACUGCACGUACAAUCUUACAAUCUUGGACUGUUUACAGGGAAUAAAUAAGGCCUUGCAGCAUGGAUUUUUUGACUUUAAGACAUUUGAUGUGGAUGAAUAUGAACACUAUGAGCGAGUGGAAAAUGGCGACUUCAACUGGAUUAUUCCAGGAAAAUUUUUGGCAUUUAGUGGACCACACCCAAAAAGCAAACUUGAAAAUGGUUAUCCUCUUCACGCACCUGAAGCCUACUUUCCGUAUUUCAAGAAACAUAAUGUCACAACAAUCAUAAGACUAAACAAAAAAAUUUAUGAGGCAAAGCGCUUUACUGAUGCUGGUUUUGAGCAUUAUGACCUGUUCUUCACGGAUGGAAGCACACCAAGUGACGGAAUAGUUCAGAGGUUCCUGAACAUCUGUGAAAAUGCUGAUGGGGCUGUUGCUGUACAUUGUAAAGCUGGCCUGGGAAGAACAGGAACACUGAUUGCCUGUUACAUAAUGAAACACUACAAGUUCACACAUGCUGAAGCCAUUGCUUGGAUAAGGAUAUGUCGACCAGGCUCUAUUAUAGGACCCCAGCAACACUUCUUGGAAGAGAAGCAAGCAAUGUUAUGGCUGGAGGGAGAUCUCAUGCGAUCAAAGCAGAAACAACGAGUAGUUGAUGGAAACAUUAACAGAGUUCUUUGUGGCUUGAAUGACAUUUCAAUCAGUGACAGCUUGAAUAAAGUACAAGGCUUGGAUCGAUACAGGGAGAAUGAUUUUGAAGACAAAACAGGUGUGGAAAGUCAGAAUGGAUUGACGCAGGGAGACAAGCUCAAUGCCUUAAAAAAUCGGAGACGGCCAUGUUCUGCUACAACUGGAGCUCUGAGGCUGCAAGACAUGAAACUGCAGACCAGGUCAUUAUCACAACCUUUCAGAUUGAACUCUUCAAGUAGCACAGAAGGAUCGAUGUCUCCUUUGAAGGCCUCCAAAGUGAUGGCAGUUAAUUCAUCAUCUGCGGAAAGAAUAAGUAGAAUUUCCACAUCCUCAUUCUCUAAUCUUAAAAGUGUUUCCAUAAACUCCAGACUAGCCAGUUCUCUAGGGAACCUGUAUGACGCUUCAGAUGAUGAUGAGAGCAAAAUUACAUCAUUGUCCUCUAGGACAGGUUUUUCUGUAAACCAAAUCUCCAGCCACUUGAAUGGCAGCUUGCAGCUGCCUCACAGAAACAACCACGAACUGAACAACAAUUUAUACAACAGAAACAGCAGUAGUGGCAACAACCUGAGCAGCCAAACCAGUUUUCACAGCGCCGUGACAGAUGAGUUUCCAUCAACCUUCCUUUAUGGGCCUUACAACUCCUCCAGCACGAUACCAGAGUCAAUCCAUUCCCGGGACCAGUUGACCAACCAAGGAAGAUCUUACCCCUUCAGCCGCUAACAUCCAGCUGUUUUGCUUUUGGUGAUAUUCAUCAGCGGUCUUAAUUUCAUGAGCAAAAUAUGGAGUAGCAUCAAGCCCUAAUACCAGUACAGGCAGAAUUUGAUUUUUUAACAGAAUUCAUUUAACACAAUGAUUUCCACUUCACUGCUUUAGAUGCUGAAAUUACUUGGAAGUCUUGUCAACCAAAACUUAAUCGUGUUGCAAUAAGUGUUUGUGAUACAUUGCACUUUUUUCUAUUUGGAGGACAUCAGAUAGUGUACCUGGCAGAAGUCUAUUACAUGUACUGGUGGUUAUGUUUACUCAUUUAACUUAGCUCGUCAGAGAACUCUUGAAUGAUACAAAUUACACUCCUCUUGUUUUUAUUAGCAGAAUCUCACUUAACUGAGUUAGAUGUCAGGCUGUCUGUAAUCACGUAGGUACUCUAUUUAUAGAAAAUCACUUUAUCGCUCUUAUUUCUUCUUCUAAAUUUAACUGUCAACACAAAUGGUGCAGAAUGAUUUUAAGACUUAGGACAGUAAAUUUUCAGUUCUAAUUAAUGUUCUUUAAUCUCAUUAGUGAGGAAACUGGAAACUUCAUUUUUAUGCAACGCAGGUACAUCUUUAUCCCCUCCCACGUAUGGAAAAGAAAGUUAUGCAGUACUAUUUUUCUGUUUUAUAUAUUACCCUUAUGUUUUUUGUCCUUCACCAGUGUAAGCUUAUAAGCCACUUCAUUUUUAUCAUUUUUAUGCUGUUCUGUGCUAAUGAACCAGAAGAAAAGCUUGAUUUUCACGGAAGAGACAACUUGCCAUUCUAGCCAAACAGAAUGUUUUAUUUGCAAAUUUUACAGAUUGGAUGUUUUUAUUAAACAUAAUCUUUCUCAGUUAUAAUUUGCAGAAAUGUUCUUAUCAAGUAUACUCACAUUUAAGGCACCACAGUAAGAUUUUUGCUUUGUUCUUAAAACAGUUACAAAUCCAAAUAUCACUCUUUAAAACGUAUUUUUAUUGAAGAGUGUAUAACUGGGUAGUCUUUAGAUGAGUCACCUUUUGCUUCUGUAGCUGUCAUGGAAACUGGCAAGAUGGAAAAAAUUAAAAAAAUGGAAGUGUUAGCAGUAUUUUAAAAUAUACAUAUACGUGAUCUUUAUACUUGUGGAAUAGUUAUUCUUAAUAAAAACUUACUAUUAAUGAGUACAGGACAGCCUUUACAAAAAGAGGCAAACACGAGUGCAUCAAAUUGUCUUACUGAUCUGGAAAUGUAGCACUCAGAGGAUUGCUUCCUCAUAUGCAUUUUCUGUAAUAUAUCCUGAUUUAUCUUAGUGGGUCUUGUCUAUUCACAGUAAUUCUUGCCUGCCGCAGUGCUCCUGUUGCAACAGUGUUUUGGGAGAGUUGAUGCACAAUUAAAAAAACUUCAAUUGGAAAAAAUGCAUGUUUGGGUCCUAAACAGAGAGUUCUAAAUGCUACAUGAUUGUUCCCUCUAAAAGUUAAAUUGCAGGUGACUUGGUCCUGAAGUUGAAUGCAUGUGAAUACAGUUCUAGUGCCUAGAUCUGAGGCAUAUUUCCUCUUCUAGGAGGCUUGCUGAGCCUCCUGAUUAAGAUGGAACAGGAUAGCAAUCUAAGCAGUUGCUUCAGCAUGAACUUCAUUAGGUAUCAUUAACUGUAGUGAAGCAAUCUGGUUCUUAGUUCUUUGUUAAAUGUCUGAUACUUGGGUAUCAAAUGCCAAGUUUGACAUUGCAUGGGACCACUGUAGGACUACACAUUGAGAAUUCUACUCCAUCAUUAACUGAUUUUAUACUCUCAUUGUUGCAAUUGAGCAGUCGAUUUUCUUUGUUGGUUUUUUUUUUUUUCUAUUUGAAAUUAGAUUUUGUUAAAUACCAGCAUAUGACUUGUAAAGCUGGACUGGAGCUUCUUAUUUUUAAUAAGGCUUUCAGAAUCACAGGCCACACUUUUAGUCACUGCAAAUAGGAGGUAGGAAUGUAAUUUUUAAAAUGGAAAACUCCUCAAAAUCACAAUUACAGGCCUUGAAAUAUUACAGUCUUUGGACAAUGUGAAGAGAUUUAAGAGCACAAAUUACUUAACUGCAAAAGCAAAAAGAAAACACCAAAACAAAACAACUACAAAACCCCCCAACUUUCCCCAGCUAUAAUUUAAUUUUUCAAACUCAAAAAUUUGUCUGUAACCUUUGCAGCAGCUCAGUUGUUACAGCUAUCAUCAUGUUUUUAUUAGUAGGACCUCUAUGAGAAGUCACAGCAAUUAAUCUUAAUCUGCAAAAAACGCUGCUUAGAUUUAAUUCUUCCCUGUAUUCAGAAAAGGCUUUGAAACAUUAGGAAGAAAGAAACCAUUGUUUUGUUGAACAGAGUUAUGGUGAGGGUGGGUACACACCGAAAAACAUAUUUCUCAAUUUGAAUAUAAAUAAAAUAAACCCUGCCUACCCAUCUGUAAUGGAAGAUGCUAUUUUGUUUCCAAGCAAUCUGUGCUGCAUGGAUGUGUUUUUUAUAUGUUACCGUUAAUUUUUUUUUGGUAUUUUAGUAACUUAAGAUUCCAAGCAAUUUUAAGAAUUUAGGUGAAACUUCAAUCACUUUAAUUUAUGGUUUGCUUGCUUAUUUAUUUAAGUUAUGAUGUAGAAUCCCUGGUUACUACUGUCUGCUAAGUAAAGGGCUUGUAAUUCUCUGUCAACUAACACAAGCUGCUCCCAAGAUCACCAAAAGUGUACAGUGGUUUCUGGUCAUCUUUCAUCUGUCCGAGCCUAAAGUAGUCUAAUACUGUACAACAACAUAUCAGAGUAGAUAAUUAAAUGUCAUGCCUUUUUUUAUGUUUGUUAAUCAACUUGGAAUUCAGUUUUGAAUGAUUCAUUUCAAAUACUUCUAGAGUUACGUGUAACCAUCUUUCUGAUUGUUAAAAUACACUUCUGAAAAUAAGAAAGCUUUGAGCUCUCAAUAGAGCAGAAGUUUCAAGUGCUCAUUAAUAAAGGGCUAUUCCUCUACCUCGCUGUUAUACAUUUUAAGUAGCUUGACAAAUGCUCUUGCCAAAGCUAAUAAUGCAGAAGGAUUGUUAUAGAAGGGGAGUGGGGAAAAAUAAGCUUCUAUGGUUGUGUACUCCAUGGUGAUUCUGAGCCUAUAAUGAAAAAAAUAUACUUGUUACAUCUGCGUAGUUUUACAGUAAAAUAUUUUCUAUUAAAUGAUACCCUUCCUGACGAAUCUGUUCAGUACUAAACCUGGACCGUUUUUAGUCAGUGGUAUUCAAAUCUUUACGUGCUGACAGCACUUCUUUUCAGUAGGAAAGAAUACCCAGAUGGUCUCAGAUCUUCAAGAUGUGAAAAUGCCUUUAAAAGACAACUUUGGAACUACAUACUAAGAGAUAAGAUCUAGAAAAAAAAGUGGGUUUGUGAUAUUGGAGCUCUAAAGGUUUACAUAUAUCUGUUAUGCACAGCUUCUACUGAUAGGUUUCACUAUGGAUGCCAAACAGCAUCCAUUUCUAUAGUGACUAAUUAGGAAUAGUGAGAAAAUAGAAAAUAAGACUCCAAGGCUCUGAGCUUUUUGGGGAUCCAUGCUGUUCUCCAGUAGUUCUCUCUAAUUCUGACGAAUUGAUGCAGUUUCAAAAUAUGGGUUGGUUUAUUUAUUUGCUGUUGGUUUGUAGACUUACUAGCACAGUGAAGAGCUCUCUUAGAUAAGACUUCUUAUUCAUUAGAAUGAUUUCCUGAAGACAUCUGUAUAGGAGGUAAUAAAAUGUUUGGAUGCUGUCUAAACUGAUUAAUUACUUUAUAAUAAAACUUUAAACUUCAAUAGAACCAGAAAUGUAAAGAAAUACAGUAGACCAGGUUAUGCUUUCCUAUUAAUCACACUGAUUGUUUGCUACUCUAGAUGAACUGUUUGCAGUGCUUCAUUUUCAUGUGGUUUUACAUAAAUUUAUUCAUGUGAGUAAUUGAACUGCUGUAGCUUUUUUCUCAGCAAUUAGCUACAUCAUGCAUGUUUCCUUUGUCAUUACCUGAAUCAACAUGUAAAGUGUGCUGUAUUUUUUACAGUAGCACUUUGAUUCUCAUUCGGGAUGAAUGGAAACAGUUCAAUCAUAGUAACUGCAGUCAUGUUUUUCCAACACGUUCUCAUGGUAUUGUUUAAAGGUGCUCUUUGAAAGCACUUGUAACACCUUCAAAACUCUCUGGAACUUGGUUAGGAAAAGUAAGUGUAGAUGGAUUUUACCAUAUCCAGUUUUUGACUUUCUUCUAUUUUAUUAAUCUUUACCUAUGCAGAGAUUCAGAUCUGCCUCUGAGAAGAACAACAACUCUGUUGUUCUUUUUCCCGUCCUUCCUCUAUUCCUUAACCGCAAAAUGCAUAUUAUAUACAAGUAUAACUUCCUCAGUGAGUUUUAAUCAGUUUUUCUUCUCU